AUGGCGCUGGAUUGGAGGUUGAGGAUGCAAAUGGACUUAGGUCAGGCAUGGCAUUUCCUCCAUUUACCGACUAUCAAGAAGCAUUCUCCUCCCCAUUACCGCCAUAUAUUUACGAUGGCCCCUCCAUGCAUACCAGGGGUGCCACCAGGGCUCAGCCCCCCUCAUAUUGCUCCUCCUAGCCGUCCAUUCACUGAUCUGCAAAUUGAUCCUCGCCUGCUAGCACCUGCUGCUCCCAUUCCUGCCGCUGCUCCUGUUCCUUCUGCCCCUGCCGCUGCUCCUGUUCAUUCUGCCCCUGCCCCUGCUCCCAUUCCUUCUGCUCCUUCCACUGCUCCUGUUUCUUCUGCUCCUCCUGCUGCUUCCGCUCCUGCUUUUCCUGCUGCUCCUGCUCUCGCACCCUAUUUUUGA